AUGGCAACAGUCCGCGAAGAGAAGACCCUCUCUGACCUCCCGAAUGGCCAUAUGCGCAACCAACAUGAAUACUCGUAUCGCCUGCCCACAGCCCCCCGCAUCGUGGUUCCUCCGCCUACGCUCACGACCGACAUGCCCGGCCUGUCUCUUGGUGGCGCACCUGGAGGAGAUGUAGACAUGGGUUUCUUAAACGAGCUGGACCUCGAGGAUAUCAUACAAAAGAACACACUGCUAGAGUGGGCAUAUGAGCGGCGGAGACAGGCACAAAUGAUAUUGCCCUGGCUCUAUCUCGGACCAAUGGUCGCAGCUAGAGACAAGGACUUCUUAGAGCACGAGGGCAUCACCAUGGUGCUGGCUAUCCGCUCGCAGGCCAACAGCAUGACGGGCGCAAUGCAAGCGGCUACGCAGGUUUGCAUGGAGGUAGCCAGCAUAGAGUCUCCCAACUUUUAUAGCCUUACAGCUAAGUUCCCGAACGCAUCGAGGCUUAUCAAUUCCCACGUCGCGCGGGUACGACAACACAGCUUGGAGACAACAGGAAAGGCCACUCUCGGCAAAGUUCUGGUCUUCUGCGAAUCAGGGAAUGAGAAAUCAGCUGCAGUGGUCGCAGCCUACCUGAUGCAGACGCUCAACAGCAUUGACCACAUCAAGGCUAUGCAGGUCUGCCAAGCGCAGCGCUUUUGCGUCAACUUUGACGACGUCUUGAAGAACAUCUUGCGCUCAUACUGGGACAUACUCUGUGCACGACGCUCUAUUGCCGCCUCUUGUGCGCAGACGCCACAGCAAAAUGGUCUCGGUAACGGCUAUGCACAGCCUGGAUCACUCUCAGUUUCUUCCUCGUCAACCAAGCAAAAGCGGGGUAUUGAAGAUACACGAGACGGUGAUGAUGAUACAAACAUGGAGGGCGGUAUGGAUGCGUCGGAUAUGCUCCGUUUUACGGGGCGCGAUGUUACACCUUUCCAAGACCGCUAG